AUGAUCCAAGGGAUAAAUCCCGUUGUGAACGCCAUCGAUACUAUUAUCUGGCCUUUUGAUAUUUCAAGAACCUUCACUGUUAGUUCCUGCUAUGCCAAUUGUAAUCAGCCCGUCGAAGAUAAUGCUUUAGGAGCAGUGACGAAGCUAGGGCUAAGCGUUGUUUGGGGAGCUCACAUCCCUUCGAAAGUGAAGAUUUUCGGAUGGAGACUAUUGCAGAACAGAUUAGCUACAAGGAAGCAACUUUUGAGAAGAGGCAUAAUAACUCGGCACAAUGAAGCGGUCUGUGUUUUCUGUCUAAUGCAGGAGGAGGAUUUAACCCACAUCAUGCUGAACUGUCCUAAGCUGAAGUCCUUUUGGAGGAAAAUACAUAUUUGGCUCAAUGUGGACAUUCCUGUUAUGCAAGAUUGUUGCUGCCACUUGCUGAAGUGCAUUAACUUGCUUAGGGAUAACAUGUCUGGCUGCAGAAUUGGAGCUAUUUGGUUGACAAUUUGCUGGUGUAUUUGGAAAGUCAGAAAUGAUAUCGUCUUCAACAGUGCAGUCUUGGACGAAGAAGAGCUAUUUUUCGCGGUUUUGUGGUUUUCUUGGUGGUGGCUCGCUAUUGAAUCAAAGGAUAGAAUUUCUUGUAACUUUUACGAAUGGUUUAAAAACCCGACGGUUUGUAUCUAA